AUGGCAUUCGUCCCCGAUUUAGACACACUAGAGAGCAGCAGCCUGAACGAGGAGACAUUUUAUGACCCUGACUGCAUCUGCCUGCAGAAGAAACCUUGCCUGGAGACAGAGGUGACAUCACCCGGGGUGGACAUCCAGGUCACCGUGACCAAGGAACACCCUGCCAGGAACUUUCGCCGGGCCGCCAUCCUUGUGGUUGCCAUGACCAAGCUCCUGAAGCAGCCAACGCACAAGGACUUUGCUGACAGUGACCUUGCAGGCUUUCUGGAUGAUAUUUUUGAGCCUGUCUCCUUCCAAAGGGUUGAGAGCAGCUACGCCAAGGCGCCCGUCUACCGCUACACCCGGUCCCAGUCCUUCGACAUCCUUGACAUAGACCAGAAGUGCUUUGUGCUGGAGUCACCCACCCAGCUGGUGGCCCUGCACCUUCAAGGACCUGAUGGUGGGCGGAAAGUGAAGCUCAACAUUGCUCUGUACCGACCCCGAGCAUCACAGGGUGGCCCAGGGACUGGGCGGAUGCCAGUUGCACUGGGCAUCAAGGGCUUCCAACUAUACAUGUCAUGUGUGAUGAGUGGUUCUGAGCCUGUGCUGCAGCUGGAGGAAGCCGACAUCAGGAGGGACAUCGAGAGUGUGGAGCUGACCCGCUUCAUCUUCUACCGCUUGGACAGCCCAAACGAGAGGACCACGCGCUUCGAGUCGGCUGCCUUCCCUGGCUGGUUCAUCUGUACCUCCCUGCAGCCCCGCCAGCCCGUUGGCAUCACCAACCAGCCUGACCAGGUCAACAUUGCCACCUACGAGCUGAGUGGUCACUGAGGGGCCCCUGCGCCCAACCAAACCCAACCGGCAGUUGCCGGUUUUCAGGCUGUAUGUACCGAGUACAAACCCCCACACUGGCACCCCCAUCCUCCCCAUCUAUUUCAUGUGAAAUAGCAGCUCUGGGCCCUGUGGGUCUGAGGCACCCCAACUUAUCCCUAUUUAUUGUGUCUAUCCCUUGCUUUUAACAUAUAUAAUUUUACUGGAAAUAUUGUGGUAUUGUUAUCAAGA